GGCAACAAGGGCUAAUUUGCAAGAAAACAAAAGAAUACUUAAAUGGUGGCCGUUUUGGAAUAAGGUGUAUAUAUUAGGCUAUACUGGUGGCUCCCAUCCACAUUUCUUCCAUCUUUUUCACCAAUAGAAGUGUAUUUCAGAAAUGCAUGAACAAAGUUUUUGGAAUGUAUUCAGUACUAGCCAAAUGUUUAUGACACCAUCUGAAACACUUCUAAGAACUGAUAAAGUCACGUCUAAAUGAUUAAAUAUCACUACUGCUGAGGGAAAAUCUUACAUUCUUACAUCUUACAUCUUGCCAUUCAAACCAUUGUACUCGCAGAUGUUGGGCAGAUGAGCAAGAGCUAAGAAAAACCCAUGCCACAUGCAGUCAGUCAGAGCAGUCACCAUUUUUAAGCUAAGCAACCAGGUUUAAGUUGCCAGGGAUGCGGCUCAGUGUCCUAACCGGUAGGUUACAAAGUGGUGUUAAGAGGCGAAUUGAAACCAGGAAAACGUGAGACUUUGCUCAUCGGAAAAGUAAACUGGAACUAUUCAGUGGAGCAUAAUGAGUGCAACUAAAGUAGUGACAAGCCCUGUAAUUAGUUGCGAAGGAAUCUCCAUCAGUUUCCAAUGCAACCAAUGUGACGUGUCCUUUACCAACGAAGAGCAUCUAAAGGAACAUCAACUAACACACUCUGUGGGGAAGCUUUUUGAAAGUAAUCAGUGUGAAAAGGGUUUUCCACAGGCAGGAAGAGUGCACGAAAACAAAAGAAUACAUGCGACUGAUAAACCUGUUGAAUGUAAGGAGUGUGGAAAAAGUUUUAAACACGUAGCAACCCUUAAAGUACACGAAAGAUUCCACACAGGAGAGAAAACAUAUCAAUGCGACCAGUGUGAUAAGUCAUUUACCCAGGCUGGCAAUCUAGAACAACAUAAAAGAACGCACACAGGAGAGAGACCUUUCAAAUGUAACUACUGUGACAAAUCAUUUAGACAGGCGGGACAUCUAAAGGAACAUGAACGAAUACACACAGGAGAAAAACCGUUUAAGUGUAGGCAGUGUAACAAGUGUUUCCGUUGGGUUAACACCUUUAAGAAACAUAUAAAAGAACAUGAUGGGAGUGCCUCACUUCAGUGUAGCCAAUGCGGCAAGCGCUUUGAAGUUGCUGAGGCACUAAGGUCAUAUAAUCAAAUAGACACAGAAGAGGAAGGUUUUCUGUGCAAUCAGUGCGAAAAAACGUCGACCGAGAAAAGACAACUAAGACAAUAUAAUACGACAGACGAAGGUGAGAAGCCUUUCGAAUGUAAACAGUGUGGCAAAUGUUUCAGUCGGGCGCGCAAUCUCAAGGAGCAUGAAAUUGUGCACACUAAAAAUAAGCCCCUUAAAUGCGAUCAGUGUGGCAAGUCUUUUAAACAUGCAACAACUCUAAGGUCACAUAAACGUUUACACACGGGAGAAAAUCUGUAUCAAUGCAACCAGUGUGACAAGUCGUUUACCCAGUCAGGAAAUCUGAAAGUACACAAAAGAACUCACACUGGAGAGAGACCUUUUAAAUGCAGUCAGUGUGGCAAGUCAUUCACUCAGGCAGGGCAUCUGAAGGAACAUGAAGGAACACACACAAUAGGAAGACCGUUUGAGUGUACCCAGUGUGGCCAGUGUUUUCGAUCGGUGAGAAAUCUUAAGGAACACGGAAGACUGCACGAUGGAAAUAAGCCCAUUGAAUGUGAUCAGUGUGGCAAGUCUUUUAAACAUGCGGCAACUUUAAGGCUACAUAGACGAAUACACACGGGGGAGAAUCUGCAUCAAUGCGAGCUGUGUGGCAAGUCAUUUACCCAGUCAGGAAAUCUUAAACAUCACAAAAGAACUCACACUGGUGAAAGGCCUUUUGAAUGCAGCCAAUGUGGCAAGUCGUUUACCCAGGCAGGGCAUCUGAAGGAACACAUAGGAACACACGCAGAAGGAAGACCGUUUGAGUGUAAUCGGUGUGGAAAGUCUUUCCGUCGGGCAAGGGGCUUAAAGCAACAUACAUGUAAACUGACACAUUCUACAGAGAAAGAGUCACUCGAAUGUAACGAGUGUGGUAAGCGUUUUGAACAGCAGCAAAGCCUUUUACUACAUGAAAGAGAACACAAAGAACACACAGAUUUUGAAGGCAAUCAGCUCAAGACUUCCGUUGUGCAAACAGGAAUUGAACAGCAGCAAAUUACCAGAGAAAAUGCAGCUGGGGAGCGUUUUGAAUGCAAUCAGUCUCAGCAGUCAUUUAAUCAAGUAGUGCAUUUAAAGCAGCAUAAAACGACACGCACAGGGGAGAAGCCUUAUGAGUGUACCCAGUGUGGGAAGUGUUUUCGUUCGGCAAGCAAACUUAGGGAACAUGAUAGAGUGCAUGCUGAAAAUGAGCCCAUUGAAUGCGAUCAGUGUGGCAAGUCGUUCAAACAUGAAGUAACUUUAAGGUUACAUAAACGAAUACACACAGGAGAGAAUUUGCAUCAAUGCGACCAGUGCGGAAAGUCAUUUACCCACUCAGGAAAUCUGAAAGUACACAAAAGAACUCACACUGGAGAGAGACCUUUUAAAUGCAGCCAGUGUGGCAAGUCGUUUACUCAGGCAGGGCAUCUGAAGGAACAUAUAGGAACACACGCAGAAGGAAGGCCGUUUGAGUGCAAUCAGUGUGGACAGUCUUUCCGUCAGGCGAAGGCCUUAAAGCAACAUGCAUGCAAACUGACCCGUUCAACAGAAAAAGAGUCAGUUGAAUGUAACAAGUCUGGCAAGUGCUUUGAAGAUGAACAAAGCCCAGUACUACAUGAAAGAGAACACAAAGAAGACACAGAUUUUGACAGAGAUCAGCUCGAGACGUCCAUUGUUCAGACAGGAAGUGUGCAGCAGGAAAUUACAAGGGUAAAUGCAGCUGGGGAGCGUUUUCAAUGCAGUCAGUCUCAACAGUCAUUUCAUCAGGUAUUGCAGUUAAAGCAGCAUAAAAGGACACGCACUGGGAAGAAGCCUUAUGAGUGUACCCAAUGUGGAAAGUGCUUUUGUUCGGCAAGCAAACUGAAGGAACAUGAUAGAGUGCAUGCUGAAAACGAGCCCAUUGAAUGCGAAGAAUGUGGCAAGUCGUUCAAACAUGAAGUAACUUUAAGGUUACAUAAACGUAUACACACAGGAGAGAAUCUGUAUCAAUGCGACCAGUGUGGGAAGUCAUUUACCCACUCAGGAAAUCUGAAAGUACACAAAAGAACGCACACUGGAGAAAGACCUUUUAAAUGCAGCCAGUGUGGCAAGUCGUUUACUCAGGCAGGGCAUCUGAAGGAACAUGUAGGAACACACGUAGAAGGAAGACCGUUUGAGUGCAAUCAGUGUGGACAGUCGUUCCGUCGGGCAAGGGGCUUAAAGCAACACAUAUGUAAACUGACACGUUCAACAGAGCAAGAGUCAGUUAAAUGUAACAAGUGCGAUAAGUGUUUUGAAGAUGAGCAAAGCCUAGUAUUACAUAUAAGAGAACACAAAGAAAACACAGAUUUUGAAGGCAAUCAGCUAGAGACGUCCAUUGCUCCGACAGGAAGUGAACAGCAAGAAAUUAACAGGGAAAAUGUAGCUGGGGAGCGUUUUGAAUGCAGUCAGUCUCAACAGUCACUUAAUCAGGUAGUGCAGUUAAAGCACCAUAAAAGGACACGCACUGGGGAGAAGCCUUAUGAGUGUACCCAGUGUGGAAAGUGUUACUGUUCGGCAAGCAAACUUAAGGAGCAUAAAAGAGUCCAUGCUGAAAAUGAGCCCAUUGAAUGUGAUCAGUGUGGAAAGUCGUUCAAACAUGAAGUAACUCUAAGGGUACAUAAACGUAUACACACGGGAGAGAAUCUGUAUCAAUGCAGCCAGUGUGACAAGUCGUUUACCCAGUCAGGAAAUCUGAAAGUACACAAAAGGACGCACACGGGAGAGAGACCUUUUAAAUGCAGCCAGUGUGGCAAGUCGUUUACUCAGGCAGGGCAUCUGAAGGAACAUAUAGCAACACACGCAAAAGGAAGACCGUUUGAGUGCAAUCAGUGUGGACAGUCUUUCCGUCGGGCAAGGGUCUUAAAGCAACACAUAUGUAAACUGACACGUUCAACAGAGCAAGAGUCAGUUAAAUGUAACAAGUGCGAUAAGUGUUUUGAAGAUGAACAAAGCCUUUUACAGCAUGAAAGAGAACACAAAGAAGACACAGAGUUUGAAGGAGAUCAGCUCGAGACGUCCAUUGUUCAGACAGGAAGUGUACAACAGGAAAUUAACGGGGAAAUUGCAGCUGGGGAGCGUUUUGGAUGCAGUCAGUCUCAACAGUCGUUUAAUCAGGUAGUGCAGUUAAAGCAACAUAAAAGGACACGUACUGGGGAGAAGCCUUAUGAGUGUACCCAGUGUGGGAAGUGUCUUUGCUCGGCAAGCAAACUUAAGGAGCACGAAAGAGUACAUGCUGAAAACGAGCCCAUUGAAUGUGAUCAGUGUGGAAAGUCGUUCAAACAUGAAGUAACUCUAAGGGUACAUAAACGUAUACACACGGGAGAGAAUCUGUAUCAAUGCAGCCAGUGUGACAAGUCGUUUACCCAGUCAGGAAAUCUGAAAGUACACAAAAGGACGCACACCGGAGAGAGACCUUUUAAAUGCAGCCAGUGCGGCAAGUCGUUUACUCGGGCAGGGCAUCUGAAGGAACAUAUAGCAACACACGCAAAAGGAAGACCGUUUGAGCGUACCCAGUGUAGAAGUACACAUUCAACCGACAAGCCCUUUGAAUGUGAGCAGUGUGGGAAGUGUCUUAAAGAUCAACCAGGUUUAGCACUUCAUGAAAGGCGACACAAGGAAGCUACCUUUGAAAGUGAUCUGUGUGAGACUUCGUUUGAUCAAAUACCGUGUGUGGGUAAUGUACAACAACGUGAUCGAGCAGAUUUAGAGAACCACAACAGGAUACACACCAACAAGAAGGCUUUUCAGUGUGUUCAGUGUGGAAAGGGUUUUAAACAUCCUGUAACCAUGAAGUUGCAUAAACGAAUACACACGGAAGAGAAUCUGUAUCAAUGCGAUCAGUGUGAGAAAUCGCUUACCCUCUCAGGAAAUCUGAAAGUACACAAACGAACACAUACAGGAGAGAGGCCUUUUGAAUGCAGCCAGUGUGCAAAGUCGUUUACUCUGGCUGGACAUCUGAAGGAACAUAUAAGAACGCACACAGGGGAAAAACCCUUUCAGUGCAAACAAUGUGGCAAGUGCUUUGGUCGGGUAAGAACACUGAAACUACACGAAUUGGGGCACAGUGAAGAAGGUUACAGUGAGGAAAAUUAUUAUGAAUGCAACCAGGGAGGAGAACGCUCUACUCCAGAAAGACAAUUGUCUGAACAUAACGAAGCACAUAUCCCAGAAACUUCUUGUGAGUAUGAUGAGCAGGAGAAUUGUUUCAGCCUCCAUGAACUUUUAAGCAAUAUUAUAGAGCAGAUAAUAUAGCACGUGCCUUUAAUGCCAGGAAUGUUCGCCGUUAUUAGGUAAAGGUAGUUGAACGUGAGUGGAAGGAACUGUCGUGUACUUGACACUGGGAUAAUGUGCAGGUAGCAAUUCAACUUCAUGUGAACAAUCCCUUUUUUUAAAGAAACCGUCAUGCGUAGAUUCUAUUGAAGGAUCAAGUCCCAGAUACAAUUUUUCAAUCACGCAGUAAAUACCAGCGAACUAAUCAAACAGCCGGUUGAUGUUCUCGAUAUUACUUGUCUUAUUGUGUGAGAUGUCCUAAACAGUGAGAGAAAAGUUUCACCUAAGCACUAGGUGCAGCAGAAAUCGAACGACGCCAUCUCGCUUUCAGUUCUUUUUUUAUCGUACGAAGUCCUGUUUUUCAUCUCGUUUCUAUAAGUUUAUCUUUUUUAUAGUUGUUAUGUAGUUUUUCUUUGCCUUUCCAACAUUAUAUACUAUUUAAAGUCUUGAGUAAGAUACAGGAUCGCUCUGAAAACCACUGAUGUGGUGAAUGUACCCUGCUCAAAAAUUGUUAUUAAAUUGUUAUCGUCAUAGUAGCAACACAACAUAUACGUGAAUAAUACAAAUACUGACCGCGAACUCUA